ACCAUUUUCCUAUCUCCUACGGGUGCAAAGUUGGGCCAGACCAAUUCCAAUUCGAUCAGGCCUACCCUAUAGUUCGUACCAUUCUAUGGUGUAUGAACAUGAAUCCCUGUAGCCUUCCGCGUGUGUAAACCAAAUGUUCAGGUCUCUAUAGUCCUACUCCUACAUGCAAGUUACCAACUUACCAUGUUAUUCUCAACUUCUCAUUUUGAAUUCCCACUAACAACUAUUCAAAUUUCCAACGUUCACAAACCCACGUCCAUCCACCUCUUCAUGUAACUGUUAACUACUCCAUCGUAACCGCUUAAUCUCUCCUCUUUUAAAACUGCUUCUAUUCAUUUCCUUCCAAAUCCAAAUCCAUCUCUUAGAAGAAUAGCCUUCAUCAAUCACCACUCACGAGAGAAGUAGUUCCUCAACAACAAAAGCAUGGCCUCUCUCUUGGGUUUCUUCUUCACAGUCCUAAUUGCAGCCACAUUGUCUAUAAACCCACAAGUUGCUGAUGCUUCAAGUGAAUUCAAAGUUGGUGAUAAUCAGGGUUGGCGAGAGCCUGGUGCCAAUGAUACCCAGAUUUACAAUCUCUGGGCUGCCCAUAACAGAUUUCAAGUUGGAGAUUCCCUCAAUUUUGAAUACAAGGAGGACUCUGUUCUUAUGGUGGAUAAAUGGGGUUACUAUCACUGCAAUACAAGCAAACCCAUCUCUGCUUUCAAUGAUGGGAAGACUGUGAUCAAGUUAGAUACUCCUGGGCCUUUCUACUUCAUUAGUGGGGCUCCAAAUCACUGCAACAAUGGCCAAAGAAUGGUUAUCAAUGUGCUGGCUUUACAUCCUCCAACUCCACAGUCCCCUCCUCCAUCUAUUGCUAAUCCACCAUUAACUUACAUGGCAGAGUCUCCUUCACCACCACCAAAUCAAUCCUCUGCAGUCUCUAUCUUUACUGUUACAUUGAUUCCCAUUGUUUUGAAUCUUGCCAUCACACUUGUGUCAAUGGCUUGUGUUCAUCCAUAACCCUCCUUCCUUGUCCAAAAUAAUACCACAAACCUUCAUUGUUUUAUGAUUUUAUAAUCUUAUCUUUCUUAAUUAUUAUCUGGGUUCUGGAAGUUGAAAUCUCAGGUUUGGACUGCAAGACACCACAGUCGAAUUUGCUUUUGCUAUAUUGAUGUAUCAGAGUUGGUACUUAGUUAUUAAUUUAUUUGUUUGAUGAGAAUUGGUACUUAUUAAUUAUGACUAAAACCAUUGUUGUUGUCUUGUA